AUGUUCUGUCCAUCAAAGUCGGUACCCUUCGAAGCCGAGAAGGACAUCCCGUCCCUCGAUGGCAAAGUGAUCCUCGUCACAGGGGGCAACGUCGGACUCGGCAAACAAGCUAUUCUCGAAUACGCUCGCCAUAACCCCCGCCUCAUCUGGCUAGGCGCGCGAAGCGUCCAAAAAGCGAACGCGGCGAUCGACGAAAUCAGACAACAAGUCCCCAACGCGGCCAUCCAAGUCCUCGAGCUCGACCUCGGCUCCUUCGCCUCGAUCAAAAAGGCCGCGGCAACGGUCCUCUCAACCUCACCCCGGCUCGACAUCCUGAUGCUCAACGCCGGUAUCAUGGCCACGCCGCCCGGGCUCACAACAGACGGCUACGAGCAGCAGUUCGGCACGAACCACAUGGGCCACGCACUCCUAACCAAGCUCCUCCUCCCGCUGCUCACCAAGACAGCCACAACCACAGACGACGCCAUGAAGCAGCCGUCCCUCGCGGGCGCCGUCGCGGACGUGCGCGUCAUCUCGCUCUCGUCGGACGGGCACAACCAGGCGCCCAAGGCGGGGAUCGUGUUCCACGCGCUCAAGACCGACGGCGACGCGCUCGGGCCGCUGGGCCGGUACGGGCAGAGCAAGCUGGCCAACGUGCUGUGGGCGCGGCAGCUGGCGCGGGCGCAGCCGCAGCUGACGGUGGCGGCGGUGCACCCCGGGGUGGUGCAGACGCAGCUGAUGGAGCGGGCGACGGGGGUGCCGUCGGUCGUGCGGGUGCUCUCGCGCGCCGCCGUCAACAUGAACCUGCUCACGCCCGUGGACCGCGGGGUGCGGAACCAGCUGUGGGCGUCGGUCGCGACCGAGGGCUUGGUGAGCGGGGAGUAUUAUCAGCCGGUCGGCGUGGCCGGGAAAGCGAGUGCGCAUGGGAAGGAUGAGGAGCUGGCGAGAAGGUUGUGGGAAUGGACGGAGAAGGAGCUGGAGGGCCAUUGCUGAGAUUUAGUAUGGAGUCGACACUUCUUUGCAUAAUUACCAAGGUACCUAGUUCUUCGAGCUUUCUCGGCACAUGUAGCCGAACAUAAUGCCCAAUAUACACCCUUCACCACUCGCACGUCCUUGUACCGCUCCUUCAACGAGGGGCGUUUCUCCGCAUGCCGAAAGAUAUAUCUCAUUGAUUAGCUCGAGGUACUGCUGCCUCGAUGCAAGGGCAACAUACACCCUGGUGCUCUCCGCCG